AUGGUGAAUGUUCAGUCGAGAAAUUUUGAACAGGAGAAGAGUGAACUUCAAUGUUCGAGGUUGAUGCGGAUAUCCGGGCUGUUAAACCCGCUUGAUCGACCCACCGACGCCCGAGCACGCCUCCUCUCCCACUUCCAGUCUGCGAAAGGCACCACCGAACACGGCCGAAAAUGGGACGACCUCUGGAAAGAAGGAUUCCUGCCCUGGGACAAAGGCUUCCCGAACCCAGCACUCGUUGACCUCCUCACUGAACGCCAAGAUCUCUUCCCUCCUCCCCCAAAGUCUGGGAGAAGAAAAGCGUUGGUUCCGGGAUGUGGGAAGGGGUAUGAUGUGCUUUUGUUGAGUGCGUUUGGGUAUGAUGCGUAUGGACUUGAGAUCUCGAGUAAUGCUCUGGAGGCAGCGAGGAGGACUGAAAAGGAGAUGGAUGGGAAGGGUGACUAUGAGAUGAGGGAGGGGGUGGAGAAGGGGAGGGUUACGUGGUUGGCUGGGGAUUUUUUUGCAGAUGCUUUUCUGAAGGAUGUGGAGGGUGAGGGAGCUUUUGACUUGAUUUAUGAUUAUACGUUCUUGUCUGCCCUGCCACCGGUCAUGAGACCUGCGUGGUCGAAGCGAUCUGUGGAACUACUUGCUCCCAAAGGGAGAAUUGUUUGUGUGGAGUUCCCGACGUAUAAACCGGCUUCCACUGGGGGUCCACCUUGGGCUCUGCCUCCGAAGAUAUAUCUGGCUCAUUUGUCCCGACCGGGUGAGGAGUUGCCGUAUGCUGAAGACGGAGAGCUCGAGGAAUCGAAGCUCGGAGAAACAAGUACGACUGGCCUGCGAAGGAUAGAGCACUCUCAGCCCAAGAGGACGCAUCAGAUCGGCUAUAAUGCAGAGGGCAAGGUGACUGACUGGGUCAGUGUAUGGGCCAAGUAA